CUCGACAUGUCAGGUGGACCCCCAACUCAGGGAAGACCGUCUGUAGUGACGGCUGUGAGGAUGGCUACUGUGGACCUCGUUGUAAAAUACCUUGUCCUGAUGGAUGUCUGGCGUGUGACUGGCAUCACUGUGAGAACUGUACUCUGUGCAGGGCUGAUUUGUACAGUAGUAAGUGUGAACAUUCCUGCUUGCAGAAAUGUCAGGGCUUUGCCUGCAGUGUUGAAGGAACCUGUUUAGAAGGGUGUAUAGCAGGUCGUUAUGGCGCCCACUGCAAUAUGUCAUGUCUGUCCGUCUUUCAGUCAUGUCAUGGGUUUACUGGUCAAUGUCAACAAUGUCAACUCGGACAUUUCGGUGACAAAUGUCAACAUCUGUGCCCUUCAUGUCUGACAGCAGAGGAAGAAACGUUCUACACGUGCAGGUCGGGAUGCAAGGUUUGCAGCAGUCAGUCCUACCCUGAACCUCAGCAAUGCAGUUAUCACGAAACAAAGGAAGAUCAGGACCGUCAAGAAACACUGCUGGCAUCAAUACUUUUCACUGUGGUCCUCACACUCAUCAUCAACAUCGCCUUCAUCUCCGUGGUGUGCAGGAGGAGUUUCAGGUCUAAGAAGAAGAAGAAGAGUUCUACUAUCAGGUCUAAGCGGGCCUUCAGUGACCCAAGCGAGAUGGAACUUCUGUACAAGGGGACGGAACAGACCUGUGCUCGAUGCGCAACACCGACACCCGAACAGAGAGACACCUGCUCUGACGCCGACCUCCUUGUCGCCUGCGGGAUUGGGAGCCUUGCGGAGAUGAAGCGGAUCCUGGACACAGGUUGGACUGACAUCAACUGUAGAGAUGUGUUCGGGAUGACACCGGUGAUGGCGGUAGCACUGAGGGACAGAGAGAUUUGGUGAAAGUACCUUGUGAGUCAAGGUGCUGAUGUGUCACUGGUGGACAAUGACAGUAACAGCAUCCUUCACUACGCCUGUGUGAGAGAGGAAACAGGAAGACAGUGGAAUUUGUACUGUCUCUGGACGGGGUAGACAUCAACAGUAGAGGAGGGUGGAGCAGGACACCGAUGAUGGAUGCGGCUUGUGAGGGACACAGAGAUGUGGUGGAGCUCCUCGUGAGUCAAGGUGCUGAUGUGUCACUGGUGACUAAUGACGGUGACAACAUCCUUCACUGGGCCUGUGUGGGAGGAGACAGGAAGACAGUGGAGUUUGUACUGUCUCUGAACGUGGUGGACAUCGACGCCAGGAACAACAACGGGGAUACAGCGGCCGACGUGGCUAGAGGCAAGGGACACAAUCAACUGUUCAUCAUCGUGGUACACAGUGUAGUGAAAGUGUAGUGUUGAUGUGGUCAGUGAUGGAGGGCAAGCCGUUGACACUGACAUUGCGUGAGCCGUUCACGUGGGCACGUUGUUAAUAAGUCUGUAUUAAGGUGAGAGUACUUGAUGUGUUUUAGGGAAAUAAAACUUGAACAAUGAGA